UUUUUUAGAGCUAGGGUCUCUCAUGUAGACCAGGCUGUCCUUGAACUCGCAGAGAUCUGCCCAGUGCUGGGAACAAAGCUUUGGCCACUCGUGAGGAGGCCAGAGGUCCAGAUCCUGUGUUUUCCUUCAUACUCUGCUUUCCUGGGCCACCAACCAGCUCCCAAAUCAUGACACAGUGACUUAUUAUCAGUUGUGAAUGCUCGCUCAGCCUAGCAUAGGCAUGCUUCUGGUAGCUCCUUUAACUUAACCUGGUUUUCUUUAUCUACUUUUCACCUCAGGGCUUGUUACCUUCUGUGUAUCCUACUGGCUCUGCGUCUCUGUGGCUGGCGGCUGCCUGACUUCUUGCCCCAGAGUGGCAUUGGUGCUGUUUCAGAUCCCUAACGGUCGAGGUGAAGACAGGGGUCUAGCCCAUAGCAGCAUCGCAUGGAGAACAAACGAAUCGAACGGAUCGACGGUGACAUCAUCAAAUACGCAGGCCGCCAAACCUAUGACUCUGCAGACAGGCAGCAAGGCCAGGACAGGCAUCUGAGUCCUUUGGUGGACGGACCCCGUGGAGAUGGAGGUGGCCCCAGCCAGGCCGAGGCUCCGGAUGGCAGUCCUUUGGAUGGACCCCGUGCAGAUGGAGGUGGCCCCAGCCAGGCCGAGGCUCCGGAUGGCAGUCCUUUGGUGGACGGACCCCGUGCAGAUGGAGGUGGCCCCAGCCAGGCCGAGGCUCCGGAUGGCAGUCCUUUGGUGGACGGACCCCGUGCAGAUGGAGGUGGCCCCAGCCAGGCCGAGGCUCCGGAUGGCAGUCCUUUGGUGGACGGACCCCGUGCAGAUGGAGGUGGCCCCAGCCAGGCCGAGGCUCCGGAUGGCAGUCCUUUGGUGGACGGACCCCGUGCAGAUGGAGGUGGCCCCAGCCAGGCCGAGGCUCCGGAUGGCAGUCCUUUGGUGGAUGGACCCUGUGCAGAUGGAGGUGGCCCCAGCCAGGCCAAGGCUCCGGAUGGCAGUCCUUUGGUGGAUGGACCCUGUGCAGAUGGAGGUGGCCCCAGCCAGGCCGAGGCUCCUGCUGUGUCCUGUAGUGUCCCAGAUGCAGGCGGACCCAGUGAAGGCACAAGGUCCAAGAAAGCCUCCAAGAACCAGAAAAUGCCUUUCACCAGACACGCGUCACCUCCCUGUGAGGGCUGUGGGAGUUGUCCUUUGUGCCAGCCCCCGAGGAUGGAGACUGAAGUCCAGGAGAGCGCCUACAAGCGUCAGGACUCCAGGAAAAAGUCUGAGAAAAACAUACAGACUCCUAGCAGGACAAAGAUUCUGGAAUGCAUCCAAUGUAGGAGUGUGUUUUCCUGUCCCUACUCCCUUAAGAGACAUAUGAGGAGUCACAAAGGCGAGAAGAGUCACGCCUGCGACACGUGUGGGAAGACCUUCAGCUUCCACUCCUACCUCAAACGGCACAUGAGGACGCACACCGGGGAGCGGCCCUACCGGUGUGAAGAGUGUGGGAAAGCCUUCAGAUCCCCCUCCCACUUCCGGGAUCACAUGAGGCUGCACACGGGAGAGGGGCCCCGAGAGUGUCUGAAGUGUGGGAAAUCCUUCACCUGUCGGUCAUCCUUCCGAGACCACAUGAGGACGCACACCGGAGAGAGGCCGCACGUGUGUCAGCACUGUGGCAAAGCCUUCUCUUGCUACUCCUCCCUCAGAGAACAUGGAAGGUCACACAGUGAGGAGAAGCCCUAUGAGUGCAAGGAGUGUGGCAGAACCUUCCGGUAUCCCGCGUCCUUGAGGGUGCACUCGAGGAAACACGCUGGGUUCGAGUCCCUCCUGUGUGAGAAGUGUGGGAAAACCUUCAGCUGCCACGCCUACUUCCAGACGCACCUGAAGAUGCACAGUGGGGCGAGACCAUACACGUGCGCGCAGUGUGGGCGGACCUUCGGCUUCUUCGCGUCCCUCCGCAUCCACGUGGGAACACACACCGGGGAGAGACCCUAUGAAUGCCCGCAGUGUGGGAAAGCCUUGGCUUCUCGGUCUUCCCUUCGUGAGCAUGUCAGGACACACAGCAGCGAGAAGCCGUAUGCAUGUGAGCUGUGUGACAAAGUCUUCAGUCACUCUCAGUAUUUCCACAAGCACAUGAAAUCCCACAAGGACGGGAGGCCCUACCUGUGCAGCAGGUGUGGGAAAGCAUAUCGCUCUUCCUCAUCCCUCCGGGCACACGUGAGGACACACACCGGGGAGAGACCCUAUGAGUGCAAGCAGUGUGGGAAAGCCUUCAUGUCUCUCCCAGCCCUUAUAGGACACAUGAAAAUUCAUGCUAGAAAGAACAUGUAAGAGGCCACCACUGGAGUGUGGCCCUGUGAUGGGGUAUCAGACAAAGAUAUCCCAGGGUCAUAGGCUCAGCCCACACAGAUAGAUCACCAUGGGUGUGAAAAGUGUCUUCUGGUGAGUGGAGAAAAGCACACUGGGAAGAAACAUCACUUGGAGGCCCCAGGAAAACCUUGGCUGUGUCACCUCAUUGUUCUCUUCUUUUUUUUUUUUGAGGCAGGGUUUCUCUGUGUAGUUUUGGAGUCUGUCCUGGAUCUCGCUCUGUAGCUCAGGCUGGCCUCGAACUCACAGAGAUCUGCCUGGCUCUGCCUCCUGAGUGCUGGGAUUAAAGGUGUGCGCCACCGCUGCCCAACCCUCAUCUUUUUUUGUGAGACCUCAGAGGAGGCAGACAUCCCUCACAAGCUCCCUGAGGGAGGAUCCCACCAUGUUGCCCGAGAGACUCAAGCUUUAGACAAGCCCUCCCCCAACCUCUGUCUCCCACAAAUGUGCACAAAACACACCUGGCCUUCUCUGUUUCU